GGAAGGGAAUGCGGAGAGAGCUUCCGGCCAUUGUUCUGUCCUUCUGGCGUGCGUGGCUGGAGUUCGAAAGGUCCUGCCUGUUUCCCGGUCCUCUUGCCUCUGGUCCCCGCCGCCCACGGCCGGGUUCUCAGCUCUUCUCCCUGGACUGCUCCGGGCUCCCGUGUCAUUAGAGACACAUUCCUUGUGUAUUGUACUCUGAUAGAAGAAAGGAGUUCCAGAGCAUCCCAUGGAAACACAAGCUGAUUGUGUGUCUCAGGAACCUCAGCUCCUGCUUGAGAAUGCUCCACCUUCUCCCAAAGUUUCUGCUUCUCAUGAUAAAGGUAACCUGGGAGACCAGAUGCUGGCAGCUGCACUUCUAAAAGCCAAGUCUCAGGAACUGGUGACGUUUGAGGAUGUAGCUGUGUACUUCAUUCGGAAGGAAUGGAAACGUCUGGACCCUGCUCAGAGGGACCUCUACAGGGAUGUGAUGUUGGAGAAUUACGGGAAUGUGUUUUCACUGGGCUUUCCAUUUCCAAAUCCUGAGAUAAUCUCUCACCUGGAUGGAGAAGAAGAGCCAUGGGUCCUGGAUUUGAAGGGAACUGAAAGCCAGGGACUCCAAAGUGCCUCUUGUAUAGAUGGUGAGACCAGAACUAGGAAUGAUCAAGACAUUUCUGAAGCUGCAGAAUCACAUGGGGUGAUACUGGGAAGAUUCCAAAAAGAUGUUCCUUCAAGUCUCAAAUUUGGAGAAGCCUGUGAAUGGGAAGGCAAUUUAGAGAGGCACCUGGGAAACUCCAUGGAGGAAAGACUGAGGAGAAAGAUGGGAGAUCUUAGACAAGUAAUAGUUGAGGAUCAGAAAAGCCCCACAGGUGAGAGAGUCCAGCAGUACAAAGAAUUUGGGAAUAGUUUUAGUCUUAAUUCAAACCUUGUCAUACAUCAAAGAGGUUCUGUGGGAGAUAAACCCCAUAAGUGUGAUGAAUGUGGCAAAAGCUUUAAUCGAACUUCAGACCUCAUUCAGCAUCAAAGAAUCCACACAGGGGAGAAGCCCUAUGAAUGUAAUGAGUGUGGGAAAGCCUUCAGUCAGAGCUCACACCUUAUUCAGCACCAGAGAAUUCACACUGGAGAGAAACCUUAUGAAUGUAAUGACUGUGGGAAAACCUUCAGUUGUAGCUCUGCUCUUAUUCUACAUAGGAGAAUCCAUACUGGAGAGAAGCCCUAUGAAUGUAGUGAAUGUGGGAAAACUUUUAGUUGGAGUUCAACCCUUACUCAUCAUCAGAGAAUACAUACUGGGGAAAAGCCUUAUGAAUGUAAUGAAUGUGGGAAAGCAUUCAGUCGGAGCUCAACCCUUAUUCAUCAUCAAAGAAUUCAUACUGGAGAGAAGCCCUAUGAAUGUAAUGAAUGUGGAAAAGCCUUUAGUCAGAGUUCACAUCUUUAUCAGCAUCAGAGAAUCCACACAGGAGAGAAACCCUAUGAAUGUAGGGAAUGUGGUGGAAGAUUCACCUAUAGCUCAGGUCUUAUUCAGCAUCAGAGAAUUCAUACAGGGGAGAAUCCCUAUGAAUGUAGUGAGUGUGGGAAAGCCUUCAGGUAUAGCUCAGCUCUUGUUCGUCAUCAGAGAAUCCACACUGGAGAGAAAUCUUUGAAUGUGAUGACUAUGGGCAAAGGUUCCAUCAGAGUUGCUGCAUUAAAUAUCAGAGAAUCCAUCCACAUGAGAGAGUGAGAGUCUGCUGCUCCAGUAAAUACAUUUAAUGCAAGAAAAUGUUUGAUUAGAGCAUGUUCUUGGAGUUCUGACAGACUCUAUCCUGAGGAAUAUUCUAUGAACAUGAAAAAUGUGGAAAGUUUCCUCUUAAUUGGAAUUCUGCCACCAUAAAAUGAAGUGUAUUGGGCAAGAUACCCCAACUUCUGUCCCAUCAAGGCCAAUGAAGAGGGGCCAGCAAUCUAGGUACCUUUCCCCAGGAUUGGUUUCAGUUAUGAAAGUAAAACUCCCCAAAGAAUAGUUGAUUGAAUGUUAAGCAUAGAAAGGGGCUCUGGUCCUGAUAUUUCUUGGAAAGGAGUUUACCAUUCACCAUUAUAUAUGUAUAAAUAUACACAAGAGAAACUUUUUUGGAAGAAAGAGCUUUCAUGACCUCAUUUUCGGCAAGUAGAUUGUAGAGGUGAAGAUAUUGAUAUUGUUAGGAAGGGAAAAUGUAGGCUGUGUCUCAAAAGCUAGGUUUUCUAAUAUUUACUAAAGGGAUUUCCCAGCAUACCACUAAAGGAAGUGUGGGAGAGGGUAAUAUGGGUCUUGAGGAAUGUGGUUAUCACCAUUCAGAGAGGGAAAAGUUUGGGUCUCAUUUUUCCUUUUCAGGAGUAUGGUAGCAGUUCUUUUUCUUGAGCCAGGAUGGGUUUCCAAGCUUCCUAGAUUGUUUUCCAAUCCUUAUCUCCCCCCCCCAGUACAAAUGAAAUGCUGUUUCACUUUUUCAGUCUGUUGAAACAUGUUUCAGUGUGAUUGAAUAUGAAUACGUAUUUGUGAGGGUUCAAGGAUUUCUUCCCUUUCUGCCCAUACCCCAAAUAAACGGGAAAUAUUAGCUACCUGUGGCUGUGGAUUUGACCUUUAAAAAAUACCCAGUUUGGCCAUACUCAUUGUCCCUCAUUUUUCCAUUCCUUUUCAGAGUCCCAGCACCUGUCAUCUGUUUUUUGUGUGUGCACAGAGCAUUGUGCAUGCACUGGGGAAGAUGAUCAAGGUUAGCUGAGACAACCCUAGCCCUGGAACUUAGCCUUGUAGGAGAGAAAACCACAUAACUAUAAUCUGUGAGGAAGCUGCCAAAUUGCUGACAUACUGCACUUGGAUGUUUGCAAAGUGCUUAAUGUGAUCUCAGCUUCAUAACCCUCUGACGUAAAUUAUUCUCAUUUAACAGGAAGAAAUAGGUUGAGAGAGAUUUAAGUGUUUUGCCUGUGGUCACACAGCUAGGAUCAAAGGGAGAAUUUCAAGUUGGUUUGCUAUGCCUUGUGCUUGCUCUAAGUGUAACAAAAUGCUAUAUUGGGGCUAAGGGGGGAAACAACAUAAGAGAAUCUGGAGGAUCUAUAAGAGGAAAUAAGAAUCAGGGAAGUCAUCAAGGAAAGGUGGCAUUUGAGUUGGGCUUGAAGGUCUGCAUAGAAUUACAAUAGGAAAAAAAGGCAGAUAGUAGGCAAAGGAAACAGCAUUAGUAAAGGCACAAGUGGGAGGCAGAGAAGGCUGGAAAAAUAAGAUAUUGCCAGGUUAUGGAGGGUCUUAAAUGCCAGGCAAACAAGUCUAACCCUUAUUUGGCAUCAGAGAGCCACAAAAGAUUUGAUAUGGCCACAUCUAUGCACAAGAAAUUACUUUAUCAGAAUUAUGAAUGGUGGGUUAGGGUGGGAAAUAGUCUAGGUGGGUGAUAACUAGGUGGGUGAUAGUGAGGGCCUGUGAAGAUGGCCUUGAACAUAGGGAAUGGAUUUGAGAGUUGUUUCAGAGAUGGGAUUAGUAAGAUUUCAUUAACUGAUUAAUUAGAUAUGAAAGAUAAGGGAGAGAAGGAAAAAAAAAUAAGGUUCUGAACAUUAGAAGCUGCAUGAAUAGGGGUGCCACAGAUAGAAAUAAUGAAGCUAAAAGAGGAACAGUAAAGUUGAGGGGGAAAUAAUAUGCUUAGUUUUCUACAUACUGAGUUUGAGGUACUAGUAAGUACCUUUGUGUGCCUUUAAGAUGUGCAUCUAAAACUCAGAUCAGAAUUAGAAAUAGAGAUUUGGGGGUAACCUGCAUAGAGGUGAGAAUAAGAUUGCUAGGAAGGUAUAGAGGGAAGAAAAAGGGGGCCUUGGACAGACACUUAGAAUACCCACAUGAAGGAUCAGAAAGGAUAUAGGAGAGUUGGAUAAGGACUGACCAAAGGCCAUUGGUUUUGUGAUAAGCAGGUCUUUGGUAACCAUUGGGAUUUCAGUUUCAGGCAAGUGUUGCUUUUGGAAAACAAAUGUAUUUUGAGUAAAAUGGAAUGUUAAGUGGAUGAAAGUAGAGGAUGUAGGAAGGCUUUUUUUUUUUCCAGUUUUAUGAUUAGAGAAGAUUAAUUAUGGUGAUAAUAAUAGGCAGCUGGGGAUAAAAAUAAUGACAGGCAGGUGGGAAGGAGUCAAUGGAGAAAGAGGAGCCAAGUGAAGAUUGGGGAUGACUAAUGGAUUAAGUCUUGGAAGAGGCAGAAGAAAGUGAUAGUAAUACAUUUCCAUUAAAGGUUUGCAAAGCUUUCCAGGUUGAGGAUAAUGCAGAUUUUAAUAAAUAAUUUAUGGAAGAAAUGGAAAAAAAGCAGGUUAUAAUGCUGAGAAUAUUGAAAACUGGAGAAGAGGGAUCCUGACAGUUUGUGUCAAAUGGCCUCAAUCUUUAGUGGAGUAUAGGGGAAAGUCACUUGAUAUAAGUGGGUUGGGAAUGUGAUAGGCAACCAGAGUGAAGGGAGGGAGGAUUGGGAACAGUUGCUCUUAGGGAAUGAGGCAAUUUAAGGUAGAGUUGGAUUGUCAAGAAUUCAAGCAUUAGCUAUGAAGCCCAGCUAAAGUUCUAGAUCUCAAAUUUUGUGUGGUUUUUAAAAAUUGUAUUAUCUAGAACUGGAAGGAAACUUUAGGAGUUUCCCAGUCCAAGCCCACCAUUUAAAGAUUGAAUUGAAAUCCUAUUCUCUGACUCCAAAUCCAGGUGUUUUCUACUAAACCACACUACAUUGUGCACUUGUUUGUCACAAUCUCCUCUGACAUGUAUGUGACACUGUUAAUAUUAAUUUACACACAUUUUUGUACAUAUUCAGCUGUCCCCCUGUUCUUAACUCAAUCCUUGCUCAGCAGUACUCUUAAUGGAACAGUGGUAGGACAGAGACUACAAACCUUAGGUAAAGUGUUGGCACUGGGUUUGGUUGAGGCCAAGAAGUUUAAAAGGAACUUCCAGCAUCUUUGGGGUUUUGGCUUGGCUACCCAGUUCAGAAGUUUUUGGUUGUUGAUGGAAGUAGUUAAUGCAGUGAUGGGGACCAAAGCCUAAGAAGACAGGUUGGUAAUUCAGAUAGAUUUCUUUGAAGGGUUUCUGAUCUGGGUGUUAUCCUGAAUGCUGACUUUAUAACUUAAUAGACUUUGCCUCUACAGUUAACUAUAAUUAGACAUUUGGACACUUAAAAGUCAUUCAGAUGCAUAAUAUGUGUACAGCACUUUGCUAGACUUUAUAAGGGAUACAGAGAUGUAGAAGACAUCCUUGUCUUCAAGGGAAGGAAAGAAUAAUUAUGUAUAAUUAAAAUAGUAAAUUGAAUGGUACAGAAUAAAAAUGCUAGAGACCAGAAAAUGGA